GCCGAAGCUGCGAGAAGGAAGUGAUCAGAGUGCAGAGGAGGAGAUGGCUUCCGCAGCUGGUAAUGUGUAAUAUACCGGCUUUCUGCAGCGUUUGCUUCAAAUCGUAAAGCCGGAGCUGCUGGAACAGGAGCCCCACACUUUCCUGCUUUACCCGUUGAACAGACUGCAUUCCCAGACCUGUAUUUCAGAGUGAAGCCACUCCUGAGCUCCACAUCUGCAGCCUGACAUUCAGUUAGACCCGGACCUGUGAGCUGUGCAGUGCAGAUCUCUCCAGUUCUUCAAGCUUGCUGACCCUGAUGACCGCUGGCCCCGGCUAUGUCACUCCGCAGAGGCACAAGCCCAUGAGCCCGUUGCGCAUUUCCAUCGGUAGCCUUCCCGUCCUCGCCUCCAUGACCAACGCCUCGGACCCACGCUUCCGCCUCAAGUGGAGGGCCAUCGUGGGGGUGUCCGUGCUGCUCACCCUGCUCCUCCUCCUGCUGCAGCUGCAGCGCUCUGGGGGGGGCGCCAGGUCCCAACCCGACGGCCCCCACAGCGGGCUGAUGAGCCGGGUGGCGAGGGAGCGCUACAACGACACGUAUCCGCUGAGCCCGGCCGAGCGGACCCCGCAGGGGGUGCGGUACCGCAUCGGCGUGAUCGCGGACCUCGACACGGAUUCCCGCAGCAAGGAGCAGCACACCUGGUUCAGCCUGCUGAAGAAGGGCCACGUGGUGGUGUCGGAGAGCGGGGAUGCCCUGACGCUGGAGUGGGACAGCGAGGACACCGUGCUGGAGUCCCACCUGGCUGAGAAGGGCCGCGGCAUGGAGCUGUCGGAGCUAAUCGCCUUCAACGGGCGGCUGUACAGCGUGGACGAUCGCACCGGGGUGGUGUACCGCAUCGAGGGCAGCAAGGCCGUGCCCUGGGUCAUCCUGCCGGACGGGGAUGGCACCGUCUCCAAGGGGUUCAAGGCGGAGUGGCUGGCAGUGAAGGAUGAGCACCUGUACGUGGGUGGCCUGGGGAAGCAGUGGACCACCACCACUGGGGAGGUGGUGAACGAUAACCCCCAGUGGGUGAAGGUGGUGGGUUUCCGGGGCAACGUGGAGCACGAGAGCUGGGUAGCCCAGUACAACGCCCUGCGAGCGGCAGCGGGCAUCCAGUCCCCAGGCUACCUGAUCCACGAGUCUGGAGUCUGGAGCGACACGCUGCAGCGAUGGUUCUUCCUGCCACGGCGAGCCAGCUCAGAGCGAUACGAAGAGAAGGCCGACGAGCGGCGCGCCACCAACCUGGUCCUGCGGUGCUCGCAGGACUUCCAGGACAUCGCGGUGAGCCGCGUGGGAGAGCUCCACCCCACCCACGGCUUCUCCUCCUUCAAGUUUGUCCCCGACACCGACGACCAGAUCAUCCUGGCGCUCAAGUCCGAGGAGGACGACGGGAAAGUGGCCACCUACAUCCUGGCAUUCACGCUGGACGGGCGAAUCCUGCUGCCCGAGACCAAGAUCGGAGACGUCAAGUACGAAGGGCUGGAGUUCAUUUAAAGAUUCUGCGUGUUUUUUUUUUUUAAAAAGUUUAUAUAAAUGUACAUCAAAAAAUAUUUGUUGUACCCAUCCUAAGAUUGUUGGAGGGUUUUUCUCAACCAUUGCAACUUCAAAGGCCCAACUCUUUUUACAACACUUUGUUACUGUAGAAAUUCUUUAUUGCAUAUCUUUUUUUUUUUUUUUUUAAAAACAUGGAUUUCCAUCACCUCGUCGCCAGUUUGGAACCUGCUUGUAAUAUUGCUGCUGCUUGUGGUUAUUUAGAUGCUGCUGCAGCUGCUGCUGUUUAUUUAAUUGCUGAACUGGGACGGCACCUCUGCUUCCUCUCUCUGCAGCCAUUGUCUUAUCUUGGACACAUACCAGAACAGUUGCUCUUAAAUGUUUCACUGUCAUGUUGGUCACUGAUCCACACACUUUCUCCCCAUAUCGUUUGCACAUUUUACCAUUGCUUUUUGAUAAUAACAUAAUAUCGCAGUUUCAUUUAUGAAGUCCCCUGUGACCAAGCCUCCCAAGCUGCUUUACAGGCUAAUGGUAACAUGCAUUAAUGUCCAUGGAUAUAUCACACAGAUGUUCCAUAAAUGAUUAACAUGACUGGGGAGGCAGGAACAGCACAGGUUUAUUCAGCAGAGCAUGCUGCUUUGAAACAAGCAGUGGGGCUGGUGUGUACGUUCAGUUUGAUGGAUUAUCGUGUGAAAUACUGUAGGGCAGUCUCUGUCUGGCACAGUCGCAAGUUACGAAGGUCAUUUCCUCACAACUGAAAUGAAUUUCACUUAUCCCCCUUUUAAUGAAGUUUUAGCUCCAGCGGGCUCUCCCUUUUUGUUCUUCACCAUUGACCUCAGCUGUCUCACGGAAGGGUUAAAACCACAAAACUGUGUGUGACCUGCUCAUCUUCAGCGGAAAUGGGAGACAAAUUGCCUUUAUUCUUUAUUGAGCAGAAUCCCCUGCAAUGUUUAGAACACUUGUUCAACGAAUUUUAACCCUAUCAGAACAAAGUACGUUUUAAGGCUUUAUAACUGUUUGAAGAACCCCUCUAAAUCAAUGCAUAUAGAAAAACAGAGUUGUGCAUUCUCGUGCUGCAUCGCCAUCUGCUUUCAAAUCUGUGUGGGACUCCUGUGUUUCCAUGCUUCGAACUGGAGGAAGGGUUAGACCGUCCUUGAAGCACAGUUAAACCCAGUGCUGGCAGUGGAUAUGUCUUCCAUAUAACCUCCCCUGGAAGUGUAAAGAACAAGCCCCAUCUGUACUGCCAGCUGUCUUCUGUGACUUUUGUUUAAGGUGUAUUUGUACAAUACAAAUACUGAACAGUUUUUUUUUCUUUGUACACUACUUGUAUAGACAAAGGUUGCCAAUACAUAUGAGAAUUGCUGACAUCACAUACCACUCGGACAUAUUUUGAAGAACCAGGGGAAAUCGUAGCGAAUUCAGAUCCACUGUUAGAAAUGUAUUGAUUUGUCCUGUGUUGCAGAAUUGGCGAGUUAUCUUGCUUGCUAAUGCAAGGGGCGACUGUGUGGGCAGAUGGGUCAGUGAGUCAGCAGGGAGUGAAACUGCUUGCACAAAGAAGGAAUAAAGAAAACAUGAAGACAA